GUAAUUUAUAAGGACCAUUCGGCCUAGCUCAUCCCACCCACUGUCUCUUUCUCUCUCCUCUGCUCUGUUUCUCUCUCUAAACAGAGCGGUCGUCUUCAAGCAAUAACUGUUAUCCAUCUGCUUCGAGUUCAGAUCCGAUCGCCCCCAGCCAUGGCGGAGCAGCGUACACGUACAGUAAUGGUGAUUAAUGUUGAUCUCUCUUGCUCCCGCUGCUAUGCAAAGAUCAAGAGGCUCCUCUGCCAAUAUCCUCAAAUCCAAGACCAGAUCUUCGACGAGAAGCAAAACACGGUGACGAUUACCGUCUUCUGCUGCUCUCCGGACAAGAUCCGCAAGAAGCUCAUCUGCAAAGGAGGCAAAACCAUCAAGAGCAUCGAGGUCAAAGUCCCCGAGAAGAAGAAAGAACAAGAAAAGCCCACACCGAAGCCCCCACCCGCUGAAGCCUCCAAACCUACCAAACAGGCGCCGGCACCUGCCCCAGCGCCAGCGCCAGCGCCGACACCUCCGCCGCAGAAGGUGCCGGCACCUGCCCCUGCGCCAGCGCCAGCGCCAGCGCCGACACCACCGCCGCAGAAGGUGCCGGCACCUGCCCCUGCGCCAGCGCCAGCUCCGACACCUCCGCCGCAGAAGGUGCCGGCACCUGCCCCUGCGCCAGCACCAGCGCCGACACCGCCGCCGCAGAAGGUGCCGGCACCUGCCCCUGCGCCAGCGCCAGCGCCAGCUCCGACACCGCCGCCGCCGAAGGUUCCAGAACCAGUGAAAAUGCCCAACCCGUGCCCCACUCCGGGUUACCCGACACCAGUGUACCCGGUUGGGAUUUGCUGCUGGCAAUGCUCCGAGGGUUAUUCGAACGGCCCGUGCUACCACGGUUUUGGAACGCCGCCGCCUCCCCCUUCGGCUCUGGUAGCGCCACCUUGCUACGACUAUUACGCGUACCCACAGCCUUGCUACUGCGGGUGUGGGGGCCGGAGGGGCUGCGUCCGCCGCUCUGAUUAUUGCUACUGCGGGUGCGGGGGGCGAAGGGGCUGCAUCUGCCGCUCUGAUUAUUUCAGCGAAGAAAACACCUCAGCUUGCACCAUAAUGUAACGAAUCCUCUGAAGCACCUAACGAUUUUCGGGUGGAGUUCCUGAUCGGGUUCGGGUAUAUUCGGGUUACUGUAUAGGUAUGGUAUAAUAGGGGAAAAUGAAAAUGGGUUAAUUUUUUUAUGUCUUUUCAAUAGGAAAAUGGGUUAAUAAUGAGUUUGAUGGGGAGGUGUUUAUGUUCCAUUGGUGGGUGUUGUUUGGAUAAGAUGUAAUAGUUUUUAAUUUUAAUGAAUAAAAUGUUUUUUUUUUAACUUUAA